AUGCAGCUGAAAUCUUUGGCUGUUCGACUGCUUUUUUGCUCGCUGGUAUCUGCAGCACCUUCGCCUCCCAAUAAUGGGUGCAAAGCUCCAGGAGGUCCCCCUCAGAUCAAUUCUCUGAGUACUUUGCAAACGUUGAAGUACAAUAAUCUGGGCUCUGAAAACAACGGUACGGCCGCGGUUCUGAUUUAUGGUCGAUUGAGCUACGGUCAGGCGCAGGUGCAGUGUGCUGCCAUCGGGGAAAGCCUGUACUCACUGCAGGAUGCGACCGAAACAAACCGGACCGAACUUCAGUAUCAGUUCAAUUAUCUCAUUCAUAAUGGCGAUCUCCAGAGGAGCGACCAGGUAUGGGUUUCAAAAUCAUCCCCAGAGGACUGCUCUGCCUAUUCUCUCAGCCGCAAGGAGACUGUGAGCAUCCCUUGCCAUAUGCAGCUGCCCGCACUUUGUACGUCCAAGGUCCCUCCCACCACAGACACGAACAGAGCUGUUGUCGAGUCAUCCAAGAUCUCGGUAAUGCAUCAAGAUUACACUUUCACUGGAUAUCGCGACGCACGUUCAUUCCGAUUCGUGGGUGUUCCUUUUGCCAACCCCCCUGUCAAAGACCUGAGAUUUGCACCGCCUCAGCCGUACAGUGGUCCCAAGAAGCUUGAUGCUACCAAAUUCUCCGACUCUUGCGUCCAGUCAGUCUCCGGCUUUGGUACCCUGGGCAACGGUGGCAUCUCCGAGGACUGUUUGUAUCUCAACAUCUACACCCCUGUGCUUCCUGCGCAUGGGGCCCGCAACCCUCUGCGCAAACCAGUGGCCGUCUACUUCUACGGAGGUGCGUUUACCAAAGGUAGUGCGUCCAUGAUCGACUACGACGGGGGCAACUUUGCAAGUCGCAACGACGUUGUUGUGGUGACGGUCAACUACCGUCUCGGCGCUCUGGGCUGGCUCGCGACUGGCAGUCUCACGACAGGGAGCUAUGGCAUCCGCGACCAAAUUCUCGCCCUUGAAUGGAUUAACGAGUACAUUGAAGCGUUCGGUGGCGACAAGUCCCGAAUUACGAUCUUCGGUCAGUCAGCAGGCGGCCAGAGUGUGACUGCCUUGCUAUCGUCCAGCGCAGCCAAAGGCUUAUUCUCCGGUGCGAUCGUUCAGUCUGCCCCGCUGGAUCUGCCAUGGUAUACCCGCGAGGUAUAUGAGAAAAUUGUCGCGCCGGGGGUCGCCAAGGCUGUCGGCUGCGGACAGGGCAACCAAACCGUCUCCGAAGAGAAGCUGCUGUCCUGUCUGCGCUCGGUGCCUGCAUCGGCCUUCCUCGACAACAGGACCGAGUUCCAGUCCGCCAUGGCGGCUGUGAACAAGCAAGUCGCCAACGGUUUCCUCCACGUGUCGACACUGCUAGCCUCCAUUGAGCCCCUGAUGCCCAUGGUCGACGACUCGGGAAGCGGCGUGAUCGACGACCAGUUCUACACCCUGCUUGCCGACAACACUCUUCCCAACCGUGUCCCAACCAUGUUCACCACCGUCACCGACGAAGCCAGCCUCUACGUGGCCAACUCCGUCCCACAAAUCGAGGCCACCACCACAAACCUCAACCUCCUCUUCGGCGUUGCAUACCCCACCGACCUAGCCAAGUCUCUCGCUGCAUCCAACGCCUUCCCGCUCAAUCCCUCCGACCCAGACACAGUCCGCAACGUCGCCGCCCAAGCACUGACCCACAGCGAAUGGACCUGCCCGCAAGCCCAUCUUCUCGCCAACGGCGGCGCCACCGCCUUCCCAGCCCUCUACGAKGUCGAAAUCACCCACGGCCACAUCCAAAGCAAAGCCGGCGUCCCGGCCAUCUGCUCCCCAAACACCGACUACAACGCCACCUGCCACUCCGCCGACGUCCUCCCCGUCUGGGGAACCCUCAACAGCAAGUCCCGCAACGUAGACCCGUACUACGACACCACGGACCUCCUCCACUCGCAGCUCCUCGACGACGUCUUCGGCUCCUUCUUUCGAACCCGCAACCCGAACCCCGACCCGGAGAUGCUCCGCGUCCGUGGGCCCGCCUACGCCGCGACGUACGAAAUCUUCGGAAAGAACGGGUAUUAUGUUCCUCCGUAUCACCCAGAGCAGCGUAAUGUCAGCCUGCUCGAUAUGCCGCCUACCUGGACGCAGAACCCGCAGGGCACGGACAAGUGCAAGGUGUUUGAGCAGUAUGGGUUUACUUUCCAGCGGGCGUCCCUUGCCUGA